UUUUUUCACUCGGGACCAUGGCUUUUUAAUCUCUUCCAGUUAUUUUUUGAGGUAAUUUUCUUUUUAUAUUUCCCCUUAUUUUUCUGUGCCGUAGAACUUUUUAUUUUCCCAGUUUUGAAUAAAGGGAAAUGGAUUUGAAGCUCUGCAAUAAUCGCAUUUCUCUGCUGAAUUUUUAGGUAUUUUUCUCCAUUUUUCCCCAUUUUUUUUGCGCCUUUGAACGUUUGAUAUGGAAUCGGCUCGGAUUGAUUGAAAUCUCUGUGAAAUAUGAUUUCUCUGGUUCUUGCAUGGCUUUUGACCUAAUUUGUAGGCGUCUUGGUGCAUUUGAAUAAGAAAUCUUUGAUCUUUAAUUUCAAAGAAGAAGCUUCUGGUUCAGUGUUAGUUUUGCCCUGAACUAAGGGUGUUGUGCUUUUUUUUUCCUGAUACUUUCUUUUUUUGGUUUUUAUGUUUUCAUGUUUAAGAGGAAGCUUCUGGUUCACCGUUAGUUUUGCCCUUUUUUAAUGAAAAAAAAAAUCUCUUUUCAGUCUCAUCCUUUUUCUUCAUAGGAAUCAACUCUCAGCGCUGUAUUGUUGGUUUUUAUAGGCUUUCAUUUUGAUCCUCUUUCCUGUACUCGAGUUCUUGAACCAGUUAGUCUUAUAUCAGGAAUACACUGUUCAGAACUGAAAGUCUUUAUUUUUAGCUAUUAUUCAGAUGUUUUAAAGCGUCAUUGAGGAGUACAGCUAGCUAGGUUAUCUGUUAUUUUUCUUUGCUCCAAGGGUUUCCAUCCUUCUUCCAUGGCAUCCGAUGAUGAAUCCCCUGCUUUAGAUGUAAAGCCUCUGCGGACCUUGGUCCCGGUUUUUCUAUCCCAUGUAAGACCUUUAUCUUCAGUUCCAGGCCCAAAUAAUCCUCCUUUAUCUGAACCUCUUACCUCUUCCAACCCUCGUCCUGCAAAAAUACCACAAUUUCCGCGCUCUUUGGCCAAGAAUUCAUCAAAAGAGCCCACUGGUUCAGUAAAAGAGGCCUCCAAAUCAAGAAAACCACCCACUGAACCCAAAAAUGAACCCUCCUUCCUUUCUCCUGAACCCCUAAAUCAAUUCAAACCACCUGCUGAUACCAUCAAUGAAGCGUCUUUUGCGUCUCCUGAACCUCAAAUCGAUUUCAAAACCCCCCCAAGUAAUUUAAGAGAACCCAUAUUUGUUGCUCCCAUAUCCCAAAAAGCACCUGAAGAUAACUCAGUUAUAGAAAAGCAGGCCUCUGCUAGAGCAAAGAGGAGCAAGAACAUAUCUUUUCGUCCAUUUGAUGCUGAAGAGAGACCCAUGAACGUUGAUAGGGAUGCAGUUGAUAGGGUCCUUACAAUUUACCAUGCUUAUAGGCGAAGGCUUAUGCAACAAAAUGAACCAUCAAAGGAAUCAUCAAGUUCUGGUGGUAGGAUACGUGCAGACCUGAAAGCUGGGACUGUCAUGGCCAGCAAAGAAUUCCGAACCAAUGUUGGGAAGAGGGUCGGCUCUGUUCCAGGAGUCAAUAUAGGGGAUAUUUUCUAUUUCAGACUCGAAUUAGGUCUAGUGGGGUUGCAUGCCCCUUCAAUGGCUGGUAUUGACUACAUGACCAUGAAGUUUGGGCAACAAGAGGAUCCCAUUGCUAUUAGUAUCGUCUCUUCUGGUAGUUACGAUGAUGAUGAUGCAGAAGACAAUGGGGAUACCCUGAUUUACAGUGGCCAUGGUGGUGUUGACUCAAGGGGAAAACAGGUCGGUGAUCAGAAGCUUGAGAGGGGUAAUCUUGCUUUGGAGAAGAGCCUUCAACAUGGGAAUGAAAUCCGGGUAAUUAAGGGUGUGAAAGAUGUGUCUAGCCCUUCUGGCAAGGCCUAUAUCUAUGAUGGGUUAUACAGAGUCCAACAAGGAUGGACAGAGAGAGGCACUAUGGGCUUCAAAGUUUUCAAGUAUAAAUUGUUAAGGUGUCCGGGCCAGCCUAAUUUGGGGAGCUCACUGUGGAAGCAAUUGGAGCAAUGGAGAGAAAAUCCAUUAACAAGGCCUGGUGCUACAACAUCAGAUGUAUCUUCAAUGGCCGAGAAAGUACCAGUUUGUUUGGUGAAUGAUGUUGAUGAUGAGAAAAGGCCGCGUUUUUUGUAUAUCACAGGAGUGAGGAAUUCAAAGCCCUCGACGAAUCCUUCUCCGGGUUGUAUGUGCGUAAAUGCAUGCAGUCCCAAUGACAUAAACUGUUGUUGCUUGGGGCUAAAUGGAGGCCAGUUCCCUUAUAAUCCAAAUGGAAUUUUAUUUAGCCCUAAACCAAUGAUAUAUGAAUGUGCUCCUACUUGUUUGUGCUCAAACAUUUGUAGGAACAGGGCAUCACAGAAUGGGCUAAAACUUCACUUUGAGGUUUUUAAGACUAGAAACAAAGGCUGGGGCCUUCGUUCUUGGAACCCUAUUCCAUCAGGGACAUUCAUUUGUGAAUAUGCCGGCCUAAUUAUGCACAAUGGUGAGGAAGAAGAAGAAACAGAUGAUGAGUAUUUAUUUUUAUCAAACCGAGAGCGUCAAAACCCAUUUAAUUGGGCUAAUAUAUAUACAUUAUUGGGAGAGCAGAGAUUUGCUGAACCUGAUCCGAAUUUUGAACAGCUACCAAUUGUGAUUAGUGCAAAGCGUAUGGGUAAUGUGUCUCGAUUCAUGAAUCACAGUUGCUCCCCCAAUGUUUCAUGGUAUCCUGUCUUAUUCGACCAUCGUGAUAGUCAGUGUCCUCAUAUCAUGUUUUUUGCAAUCAAGAAUAUUCCUCCUAUGACGGAAUUGACAUAUGAUUAUGGACUUUCUAAAUCUCAGUCAAAGAGGAAACAGUGCUUAUGUGGAGCUUUAAAAUGCAGAGGGUUCUUUGGCUAGUGCUUUUAGUUUCAUGCCUUUGAACAAGUAGCAAGAGUUUAAGGAAUUUUGCUAGCAAGGUAAGGUUUUAUCCAAAUACACUCUUAAAAGUUCCUGAAGCCAUAUACGUUGAUGCGGCAUUGCAAAAUCAAUUCCCAUCAGAGCAUGCAAUUCUGCAUCCCAUUGUACAUGUAUGAAGUAGGAAUGCAUGAUGUAUAUGGAUGUAUGUGUGGAAUACAUAAUGUAUGUAUGUGUGCUUACAUCAUUGAUUUCAUGUAAUGAGUUAUUUUGACUAUCCGUUUAAGCAUAGUGUUUUUACUGAUUUCUCUAUCAGUUGCUUCU